ACCCGGAGAGAACCCAUCCAUGCACAGGAAGAACAUGCAAACUCCACGCAGAAAGACCCCGGGCCUGGAAUCGAACCCAGGACAAGGCAACAGUGCUACCUACUGCACCACUGUGCAGCCCUCUCUCUCACCCAUAUAUCUUGUGAAAAUGUCCUCCUUAUAUUUCGUUUUAAAUUGUAUUAAAUGUUGACUUUAUUUUAACUCAUUUAACUUGCUCCAUAAUUUCUUACAUCAUGAAUUGAACUACAAAAGCUCUUUCCUGUUGUGCGUACACUAGAAAUCCUUAAGUCGGAGUAAGUUAUAUCUUCCCUUCUCUUUCUAAAACAUGCUCUGUAUGUGCUCAGGUAGCAGCUUAUUUGAUGCCUUCAACAAAAUUUGAGCAAUUUUAAAUUCCAACAGAACUUCUAAUUUUCUUAUUCUAGAAUCUAGAAUAAUAAAAUUAUUCUAAAUGGAUUGUAAGAAAACCUUAAAAGUCUUCUUACAAUCUAGAACCUAGAUUGUAAGAAGACUUUAAGGUUUCGGGGACAUGUUUAAAAAAAGUAGGGAUCACAUCCAGAGAUCUGCUGGAGUCUCAGUUUAAAGACCUUUAGCAUUGACUGGCCAUGACAUUGUUUUGCCUCGCAUGCGUUUUCUGACUAUAGCCCAACAUUUAGACGGUUUGAAAUAGCUGCGGCUUUCUGAUCAGUUCGAAACUAGAAAAGGGGUUUGCCGGUGAUGAGUAACGGUAAAUACAUCCAAUCCCUCUGCAUCUCCUCCUCCUUGGGCCUCUCUCUCAUUGUCCUCCAGCUCACCUCUCCUCUGCCCCUCCAUUGCUUAGUCACCACAUGGAUGUGUCAUUGUUUCUAUCACUUUCUGACUUUCAUGCCCGCUGAAGCACAGCGAGAGCAUCUCUGCGGUGCCAAACCCAUGAAAAGAUACCGGAUUCACUUCUGUCCACCCGCCUUCCCCCCUGCACCCCCCCAACUCCACUCCAAACAACAAGACCUCCUCAUUCCUGAUGGAUGGCGCCACUUUCCACAGCCAGGGCCACGGGCCACAUGGCGACCACACCUCCACGGCACGGACUUAAAGCCUCCGGAUGUAUAAGCGAGGGAACAUAAGGAGACGAGGAAUCGAGAAGAUGAAGAUGGAGCUCGCCGUGGUUAACUGGACGGUGGCAGCCGCAGGGUUUCUUCUGCUCUGGGCUGGCGGUGGCUCCACAGCGCCUCUUGAGUGCCACUUCAACUCCAGAGCUCUGUGUGAGUUCGAGGGGAGGCGCUACGCCCUGGGGGAGACCUGGAUGGAUAACGCCUGCAUGCAGUGCACCUGUUUGCACCCCGUUGGAGUCGGUUGCUGCGAGACGGUGCAUCGACCGGUGGAUUUCCCUGCCUGGUGUGAGGUGAGGGUGGAGCCGGUGACCUGCAAAGCGUUUCUGGUCCAGACAGCCGACCCCCGCCUGCCGUGCACCCCGGGCGAAACGGACAGGGACCCCAGCCACGGAUCGCUCCAGCUGCAGCUCGACGGGGGGAUCCGCACAGAGACCAACAGCAGCCUAACCUGCACCUAA